AUGCAAAUCAUCAAGUCAAUCAUCGCUGUCACCACUUUGGCGGCCCCGGUCGUCAUGGCAGUCAAUAUUGGCGACGGCUGCAACCGCAAGAUUGAAAAGGACUACACGACGUGCGACAACGCCAGAAACAACAUCAUAUACUGCGAUCCGGGCUCUUCGCGGUGGACCUACGCAUACCGCUGCACCAACGGCUGCUGCCGCAACAAUCCGCCAAGCUCCGGUGGCGGCUCCUACGCUUCUUGCCGCUGCUGA